UAAAAUGCAAGUUUGAUGGAUUGGCCAAGCAGACACGACUAUAAUACAAACUGGGUAUCUGAGACCCCCAAAACUUAAAACCUCUUGAGAACAAAGACAUGCCCAGUCAUUUUGUCUCUGUAACCACUGCUGUAAUUGUACCUUCAUAUUUGAUUGGACGUAUACACGGUUUUUGAACACAUUCAAACAAUGCUAAGAACAAUUUUCAUGUUAAUGUGAACAAAGAAUUGACAAUUAUUAAAUAAAAAAAAUAUAACAUAACUUAUAUUACUAAUUUCACUUAUUUUUAUACAAAAUUUAUAGGACAGUUAUAAAUUAUAUCGUUUAACUUGACAGAUAAGGAAGUAAGCAUUGUAAUGGGAGAAAGUCCUUGGAAAGAUUGGAGACCUUUUGUUUAUGGGGGUUUAGCUUCAAUUGUUGCAGAAUUAGGUACUUUUCCUUUAGAUACUACAAAAACUCGAUUACAAGUUCAAGGACAGAAAUUAGAUAAAAGGUAUACUCGCUUAAAAUAUUCUGGUAUGACAGAUGCUUUGCAUCAAAUAUCACAGCAGGAAGGAUUUAAAGCUCUAUAUUCUGGAAUUAGUUCAGCUAUUUUAAGGCAAGCUACUUAUGGAACUAUAAAAUUUGGCACGUAUUAUUCUCUAAAAGAGGCAGCCAUGGAUAAGUGGGAAACAGAUGAUUUAGUUGUUAUAAAUAUUGUAUGCGCUGCAUUAGCAGGAGCUAUUUCAAGCGCAAUAGCUAAUCCUACUGAUGUAGUGAAAGUUCGUAUGCAAGUAACUGGGAUUAACUCAAAUUUAUCAUUAUUUGGUUGUUUUCAAGAUGUGUAUCAUCAUGAAGGUAUUCGCGGAUUAUGGAGGGGCGUAGGACCCACAGCUCAAAGAGCAGCAAUUAUUGCAGCUGUAGAAUUACCUAUAUAUGAUUAUAGUAAAAAGAAGUUUACCACUGUCUUAGGAGAUAGUGUUGGUAAUCAUUUUGUGUCCAGUUUUAUAGCUAGUAUGGGAAGUGCAAUAGCUUCUACUCCCAUAGAUGUUGUUCGUACGCGCUUAAUGAACCAAAGGAGGGUACAUAAUACAAGUGGUAUAUUACAACCUCAUAUUUAUAGUGGAACUAUAGACUGUUUUGUUCAGACCUUUAAAAAUGAAGGAUUCUUAGCCCUCUAUAAAGGUUUUGUACCUACUUGGUUUAGAAUGGGGCCAUGGAAUAUUAUCUUUUUCAUAACAUACGAACAAUUAAAAAAGUUAGAUCAUUCGAACUUAGCGUUAAAGAAAAUAUUUGAAAACUCGGAUGAAUAAUUAUAAACGGUUGAAAAUAGGUAAAAUAAAGAACUAUAUACGUGUGUAGAUGUGACAAAACAGUG